GGCUGGGCCGUGGCGGGGCCGGGGCGUCGGCAGCGGGAGUAGGAUGCGGGCGGGUGGCGGUGCAGCCCCGGGGGCGCUGGCGCUGGCGCUGCUCCGCCGCUGCCUCCUGCUCGGUCCGCUGGGGCUGCGCCCGGCUAGCGCACAGGAUGGAAACGGCUGUGGCCACACACUGCUGACACCCCACAGUGGCACCCUGAGCUCCAAGAACUACCCAGGCACGUAUCCCAACCACACCAUGUGCCGCUGGCGGCUCCAAGUKCCCCCAGAUACCUCCCUACUCCUGGCAUUUGGGGAUGUGGAUCUGGAGCCUUCAGAGCACUGUGCCCACAGCUCCCUGCUGCUCGCUGACCUCCAGGCUGGCACUGCCUAUGGGCCCUACUGCAGGAACUCUGCUCCUUCUGCCCCACUCCUGGUGACAAACUCCAGCACUGUGACCGUCCUGUUCAACAGCACCAGCCACCGCUCAGGACGAGGCCUCCUCCUGUCCUAUGCCACCUCGCAGCAUCCAGACCUGGUCACCUGCCUGGUUCGAGGCACCCACUACACCCAGGAGCACGUCAGUGUGUACUGUCCUGCGGGCUGCAAGGACAUCUAUGGGGACAUCUGGGGCAACCCGAGCCAGGGCUACCGGGACACAUCGGUGCUGUGCAAGGCAGCCGUGCAUGCUGGGGUGAUYGCAGAUGAGCUGGGCGGUCAAGUCACCCUGUCCCGGGAGAAAGGCAUCACGCUCUAUGAGUCAGCCUUCGCCAACGGGCUCCACUCCAAAAGGGGAUCCCUCUCUGAAAAGCGACUCAUAUUCCACAAAGUGUGCUCUCUCCUGUCCCCAGCCUGUGAUGAUGUGCUGGAGGUGGCCACCUUCAAUGCCUCAUCCUGGUGGCAUGAGGUGGAYGCGCUGGGCCAGAGCCGAUCCUGGGGGGCCGAACGGGCAGCACUCAGCACCAGCGGCCACUCCUGGGCGGCUGAACCUGGCACCAAGGCUGCCUGGCUGGAGCUGGAUCUAGGUACCCGAAGGAAUGUCACAGGCAUCAUCACAAAGGGGUCCUCUGAGCAGCACAACUACUAUGUGAUGUCCUACCAUAUCUCCUUCAGCCGUGACGGGAAGAAUUGGAAACCCUACAGAGGCAGCAGUGGCCAGGAGGACAAGCAGGUGUUUGAAGGAAACUUCGACAGCCACGGGGAGGUCUCCAAYGCCUUUAUCCCCCCUAUCGUCGCCCGCUACAUCCGUGUCACACCACAGAGCUGGCACCAGCGCAUGGCCCUGAAGGUGGCCCUGGUGGGCUGCCCACUGGCACGGGUUCGUGCACCCCGUCCCUACGUGCCUAGUGUCCCCAAAGAGGUCCUUGAACCCACCAGCUACCCAGCCAGCCGCACCCCCAUCCCUGGCAUUGCCUUGGACCCGGAGAAGGCAGGAUCCACACUGCUGGUGAUGCUGCUCACUGGCAGCUUUGUGCUCCUCUGCUCCUGCCUCCUGCUCCUGGCUUUCCUUUGCCACAGGAAGAGGAAGUCAGCAGUGGAACUGAACUGUGGGAUCACAAAAGGGUACCCCAAGUUGGAGUCGAGCCAGGUCUGCUCCCUGCAGAGCCUGCCAGCCCCCAACUUGGCCUCCUUCUCCAUGGCCCCCAUGCCAGGGGACCUCAGCAGGACCCAUUCGCCAGACUAUGCUGAGCCAGACCUGGUCCAGGUGAGCCCUAGCAGCCAGACGGGUCCUUCGACCUUUAAGCCACUCCUGGAAGAGGGCUACACUCUGCCACUGGUCCUGAGCCACUAUGACGUCCCAGGAAAGCACCACGAGUACGCGGAGCCACUGCCUCCAGAGCCUGAGUACGCCACGCCAUUCAGUGAGCCAGAGCCCGCUGGGAUGCAUCGCAGCACCUGCGGUGUCCCAGGAACCCCUGGGUGCUCCCCGGUGCGGUAUCAGACCCCUGCCCCGCGGCCAGGGGAGCUGCCAGCCGGGGCGGAGCGGACUGGCAGCCUCUGUUUUGAGGGAUCCCAUGGGCAGCCUGGGCACUGUCCCCUUGCACAUGUGUACCAUGAAGCCUUGUGAGAAGGGGAGCACUGUGGAAUACCAGGCACAGGGGAGGUGUGUAAAGGGGGACCUUCCCCAUGCUCGCGGUUGUUUUUUUAAAUACAAUCCUUUGUAAAUAUAUAUAUUAUAUAUAGAAAAAUGUUGCAGCGCAGUG